AUGCGCUACAUUCACAGCGAGGAGACUCUGGAGAUUCCUGAGGGAGGCUGGGAGAGCGGGCGCAUCGAGGAGACCAGAACGCAGUUGGAGUCCGAAACGCACCACGAUACCGAACGAUCACUGACACCACGGUUUGCUGCAGUCAAGGUCCACAUCAAGUCCCGGAAUGUCACCGUCGAGGGUCCCCGAGGAAAUCUAAUGGACCAAACAGGCAAGCUGUCCAAGGACUUGAGCCAUCUGGCCGUCAACUUCUCCCACCCGAGCAAGAACGUUAUCGGCAUCGAGAUCCACCACGGAUCGAGAAAAAAUGUCGCCACCCUCCGAACCGUCAAAUCUAUCAUCAACAACCUGAUCAUCGGUGUCACCAAGGGCUUCAAGUACAAGAUGCGCUACGUAUACGCCCAUUUCCCCAUCAACGUCAACCUGGAGAAGAACAACGAGACUGGCAACUUCGAGGUCGAGAUUCGAAACUUCAUUGGAGAGAAGCUCGUCCGUAGAGUCGUGAUGCAACCUGGUGUCGACGUCGAGGCCUCAAAGAACCAGAAGGAUGAGCUGCUCAUCCUGGGCAAUUCCCUAGAGGCCGUCUCGCAAAGCGCGGCCGACAUCCAACAGAUCUGCCGAGUCCGAAACAAGGAUAUCCGAAAGUUCUUGGACGGUAUCUACGUAUCGGAGAAGGGAAACAUCGAGGUUGACGCGUAA